UCAAGCAACCAAACAUACCCACUAUGAUAUCUGCAAAAGUUUUGCUUUGUCUGCUAAAGCCCCCAAUUGCAAAACCUUAAACCUCUCACCUGUUUCAAAAAUGGCUCUCCUCCAAACUCACACACUGUCUCAGCCAAUUCCUUCGCUUCUUUCACCCAUCUUUUCUUCACCAAAAACCCAUUUCCAAAACUCAUUCUUCUUCUCUACUUCCAAGAUUAGACCUUUCUCACUUUCAACACAACCAAGAAAGUUGCUUUGCAAACCCCCACUUGGCAAAUAUAUCAGGGAAGAUUAUCUUGUGAAAAAGAAGUCAGCCCAAGAAAUUGAGGAGCUACUAAGGGGGGAGAGAAGUGUACCCAUAAUUAUCGAUUUCUAUGCAACAUGGUGUGGGCCAUGUAUUUUGAUGGCUCAAGAACUUGAAAUGCUAGCAGUGGAGUAUGAGAAAAAUGCAAUUAUUGUCAAAGUUGAUACUGAUGAUGAGUAUGAAUUUGCACACAAUAUGCAGGUUAGAGGGUUGCCGACUUUAUUCUUCAUCAGCCCUGAUCAAAACAAACAGGCAAUCCGUACUGAAGGCCUCAUUCCAAUACAAAUGAUGCGGGAUAUCCUAGACAAUGAAAUGUGAGAAGAACAAGACUAAUUUACUUACUGCUUAAUGGAGUUAAGGUUUUGGUUCUUGGAAAUCAUGGCUGAAUGACGUUUGUUUUGUUGUUAACUCGGAUAUGUGGUAUGAAUCCAACGACUUUGGAAUCUUUGAAGUAGUUCCAACUGGUUCAAACAUUUUGACAAUGUGUCAUAGUUUAAACUGUUUUUAUGCUACCAAAUCAUGGUUACAAUGCAGUUUCCUACACUUAGAAUUUUCAAUGUAAAGAUGCAUCUUUGAUUUAAUCUUCU